AUGGAUUCCGACGACGAUAUGAUGUCGAACCUGUCUAGUGAUGACGAUGUUCUGCAAGACGAUAGCGAUAUCGACGACCUAUCAGGAGGCGAAGAUUUCGAUGACUUUGGCAUGGAGCCUGAGGACGCGGAUAUGGGCCUCGAUAAGGACGGCUUGGACGACAAGCAGAGAAAACCGUACGAUGUUAAAUACACGGUCUAUGAGCCUAAAGACAUUCGGAAGCAGCAGGACGAACUCAUCAACGACGUUGACCUCAUCCUAGAGAUGCGUCCAGAAGAUGCAGCGAUCCUCCUUCGAUACUUUCGCUGGAACAGAGAACGUUUGAUCGAGGAGUAUAUGGAGCGCCCGACCAAGGUGCUGGAGUCGGCAGGCCUCGGGCCCAGCAGUUCGGCACUCCCCAAGCUCGAGGUCAUUCCUGGGUUUGUCUGCGACAUUUGCUGCGAGGACGGCCGUGGGCUGAAGUCGUUUGCGAUGAAGUGCGGCCAUCGCUUUUGCGUCAACUGCUACCGCCAGUAUCUGACGCAGAAGAUCCGAGAGGAGGGCGAGGCAGCACGAAUACAGUGUCCAUCAGAUGGCUGCGGCCGGAUUAUCGAUGCCAAGUCGCUGGAUGUGUUGGUGACGCCCGAGCUGACGGACCGCUAUCACGAGCUGCUCAACCGCACGUACGUGGAGGACAAGGACUCACUCAAGUGGUGCCCUGCGCCCGACUGCCAGAACGCGGUGGACUGCCACGCCAAGAAGAAGGACCUGGACCGGAUGGUGCCGACGGUCGAGUGCCAUUGCGGUUAUCGGUUCUGUUUCGGCUGCAGCCUAACGGACCACCAGCCGGCACCUUGCAGGCUCGUGAAGCAGUGGCUCAAGAAGUGCGCGGACGACUCUGAAACGGCCAACUGGAUUUCGGCGAAUACCAAGGAAUGCCCCAAGUGCAACUCAACGAUCGAGAAGAACGGCGGCUGCAACCAUAUGACAUGCCGCAAGUGCAAGCACGAGUUUUGCUGGAUGUGCAUGGGGCUCUGGUCAGAGCACGGCACGAGCUGGUACAACUGCAACCGAUUUGAGGAGCGGAGCGGCACGGAGGCACGGGAUGCGCAAGCUAAGUCUCGUGUGAGCCUGGAGCGGUACCUCCACUACUACAACCGGUACGCCAACCACGAGCAGUCGGCGCGGCUGGACAAGGACAUCUACAGGCGGACGGAGAAGAAGAUGGUGCAGCUGCAAACGUCGUCGGGCAUGUCGUGGAUCGAGGUGCAGUACCUCAACGCAGCGUCGCAGGCGCUGCAGACGUGCCGACAGACGCUCAAGUGGACGUACGCCUUUGCCUUUUACCUGGCGCGAAACAACCUGACGACAAUGUUUGAGGACAACCAGAAAGAUCUGGAAAUGGCGGUAGAGGCGCUGUCGGAGAUGUUCGAGCUGCCGGUGGGGGAUUUAUCUGAGGCGAAGAUGAAGCAGCAAAUCAUCGACAAGACAGCAUACUGCAACAAGCGGCGGGUGAUUCUGCUGGAGUACACGGCGGACAACCUCUUUCAAGGCCGCUGGACGUUCAACUCGAUGGAACAUGCCGAGCCGACCGCUUCGGCCAAGACAACGGCGGCGGCAGGUGGCAGCCGGCCGUAG